AUGCACGGUCUUGAAGGUAUAGCCAGACUGGGCAGUCAGGAUUUGUCACCCAGAAUGAAAUACUCCGCAGCGUUGUCCGGCCAUAUUCCCGGCACGGCGACGGACCUGCUUCGGCACCGUAUUAAUACGGGCCGUAAAACCACAGAUAACAUUGUUGACUGGAUGGAGCAUUUUGCUCAGGUGAAUGAGGCCUACGCUCAAGAAAUGGAGCGCAUGCUACGCCGCAUCUCUAUCCCGGACACCGACUUGGGAACCCUAGCUACUGCCUGGAAUGGCUGUGCAUCCAUGGCCGUAGAGAUUGCGAGACUCUCCAGCAUGCUAGGCUCGCGCGUUCGCGUAGAGGUCAAGCAGCCCUUGGUCGAUUUCUUAGCGAGUGGCUGGACGCCUGCCGAGUCGGCGUUGAAAGGCGCCAGUCUAAGCAAUGACCGCGUGAAUGAGGAGAAAGUCGACUCUAUUCAGCGAGCAGACCUUGCUCGUCUUGUUACUAUCAAGGAGAGCCUGUUGAAGUUCCAGACCCUUGUCGCCGACGAGGGCCAGGCUUUGUCUAAAGCAAGCGAGAAGGGUCUUCGUGAGCUCCUUGCUUUCGAGCCCCAAGAGGAUAUCGAGUCGUAUAUUGCCCAGAUUGUUGCUGGUGCCGCUGUUGCUGAGCCUGAACGGACUCGUGCGACCUCCUCAGCAACAACCUCUCACACUUCAAGGCGACAAGCUUCGCUUCAAUCCUUGCGUAGUAACCAAUCUACCAACGAGGAUGCCCCCAAACAUUCUGGAAUCAGAGCCAAGGUCGGGUCGCUUUUUGGUCGUCGCAAGCACAAGAACAAUAACCUUGAGCUUCGGCGUGCGGCCUCUAUCAACUCCUCCUUCCAGGAGGGCGCUGAGUAUGAGCCCGAACCCACACGUUCACGUACUUCCAGUGUUCCUCAACAGUCUCAUACAGACCCUCUGCCUGUGAACAAUCGACGAAACACAGACAUUAGAUCUGGCCCGGCUUCUGAGCCCUCCACUUCUAACGGAAGAGUUCCACCUCCGGCCCCGCCUCCUCAGCGUGUGAACCAGUCGGCUAGCCACCUUCCGCCAAACCACGCAGUUCCUUUGCAUUUGCACCAACAAAUGCAAGCCCCCCCACCCUCGCAGUCGCCACCUUUUGACUCACCUUUCCACUAUCCUGGUCAAGAGGCUCCAAAAGCCGCUUCUCAGGAAGACUUGGUCGGUGUAUCGGUCUCUGGGCCACCUUCUUCUAAUCGACGUCGGCGAGACAUUCAGUCCGCACUGUUUACAGGUGUUGAAGCUACACAACGGGAGAGUAUGGUACUCAACCCAAAGGUCUCUACUCCCUUGAACGGGUCCCCCGACCAAGAGGAAUUCUUCACCCCAGCCCAGCAAUUCCAGCCCACGUUUGAAUCACAGCGAACCACGGGUAAUGUAUUCCACCCUGUUAUGGAGGAGUCUCCUUCUAUGAUGCAGAGCUCGCCGGUUUUCACAAGCGCUGCGGCCUCCAUCAAUACUGCUGCUGCUCUUCAUGCUGUUCCGGAGCCUUCGAAGCCCGCACCUGCUCAGCAGCCAUUCCAGUCGGCACCACCUGCAGGAGCUCCGUCAGAAGCACCUGCACAGCCAGUUGCCACUGGUGCGACUGCCGCCGAUAUCUCCACAACGUCAGUGGCUUCGUUCGACCAGGACGGAAUGGGCCAUGCGCCUAACUUUUCUCGUACCGGAAGCACUCGUCGGUCUGCAGGUCUUCAACGGGCUUUCACCGGUGAUGUCACUUCGUCGCACCCUGCUCUUCCCACCGUUCAGGGCCUGGUAGUCACUGUUAAGGAAACACUCACAGCGAAGAUCGUCGACGGAACUAUUUCUGAGGUUCACAUUAGCGGUGAAAUUAAUGGCGCUUGCAACGGUGCUCCUGUUCGAACUGUUGUCCGGUUGGAUGGUAGCGAGAAUGCUCAGACCUUGGUGCCCAACGCCCCCUACUUGAACCCAACCAACCAAGGACUCUACGAGGUUGAUACGUCGAUGUUUGCCGGACAAACUGUAACCCUUGCUAAAUACACUGGUCAGUUGCCGGAGAAAGUGCCGAUAAUUUUCACGCCGGCCUGGCGAAACAGUGAAAACCAAGCUCGUUUGAUGCUGUCGUACUCGCUGCCAGAGAGUUAUCCUCAUGACUCUGUGACUAUCGACAAUUUAGUGGUUGCCGUUAUGGUCACAGGUGGCCAUGCUACGUCGGCGCAAUCAAAACCUAUUGCCACAUUCAGCCAGGAGAAACAGCGAGUCACUUGGAGAUUUGCUGGACCUGUUCAGUUGAAGCGCGGGCAAGUAGAGCGUUUGCUCUGCCAGCUUGCUACUGAAAGCCGUGCUGAAGAGGCCCCGGGCGGAAUCGAGGUCCGUUUCUCGGUCACGAACUCGGAUCCUGCCCUUCGCUCCCUUCAGCAGAACCCAAGCUCAGGCGAGUGGACAGCUGUACCAUCGAAUGCCCAAUUGUUUGUGAGCAGAUACACCGCUUCAUCGCUUGCUUGA